ACAGCCGGUGAUCCCACGUGAAUGGCAGACGAAGUAAUUCGAACGUUUUGAUCCCAGUUUUUCAAAAUAAAUAUUCUUCAUGAAACACGAUAAAAAUGCAAAAGAAUCUAGAGAUUCCGUGCAGAUUGCAUUUGAUUUUAAUGGAGAGCGUCCAUCGUGUGAUCAUGGACCAAUGCUUCUAUUUGAAAGACAAUCAAUGAUUGGCAAGAGAUUUUUUGCCUGCUCAGCCUAUCGAGAUCGGAAGCUAUGCCACGCAUACGUUUUGGAAUCAGUGUGGGAACAAGGGAAAAGCAAGAGAAAGAAAAUGGCAAUUCAGCCAGCUAACCAACUUCUCCUGAGGUCACAUCAACUAAACGAGAUUAGAGAAAAUAUUGUGAUGAGGCAUGAUCUAAAAUUGAAAGAUAAAAGCUUUUGUCAUUCAUGUGGGGAAAUGUUUGUAACCAUGGGACAACAUGUGAAUCAUAGAAUCACUACAGUAAUCAGUGAUAAUUUACUAGAUGAACCCUCUAAGAUUUUAGAUCCCUUAGAACAUUCCAAAAAGGAAGCACAAUAUUUUUUCUCUGAGAAUUCUAUAAAUGUUAUACUGGGGCUGCUUCAAGAUGCAAAAGUUAGCCAUGUCCUUUGCAUUUCCUGCCCAACUAUCUUCGAAAAAUUAAAAAAGGAUAGCUCUAUGAAAUGCUUGAUGCUUGAUCUGGAUGUUAGAUUUCGUCAAUUUUACAGUCCGCAAGAAUAUCUGUUAUACAAUAUGUUCAACCAUCACUUUUUUGAUAGGUCUGAAAGUGUUUCAGUCUAUGAACAGUUUUUGAUAGAAGGCAAAAAUAAUUUGGCUAUAGUGAUGGAUCCCCCAUUUGGAGGUAAAGUGGAAAUUAUUUCACAUACUCUACAGAUAAUCGAUAACGAGUACAGGCAUCUAAAUGGGCAGAACGCUUCAGAUAUUUCAAAAUUUUGGAUAUUUCCAUAUUUUAUGGAAUCCCAGAUUGUAUCUCAUCUACCUGCAUUUGCCAUGGUCGACUACAAAGUUGAGUAUACAAACCACAGCCAAUUUCAAAAAGGACCUCAAGGAAGAAAACAAGGGUCCCCAGUCAGAAUAUUUACUAAUGUUAGCCUCCAGAAACUUAAGUUACCUGCCAGAGAAGGAUAUAAAUACUGCACCUUCUGCAAAAAAUGGAUAAGUCCAGAGAAUAAGCAUUGUUUGAUGUGCAAUUCUUGUACAUCCAAGGACGGAAGAACUUACGUGCAUUGCGAUCAAUGCAAAAGAUGUGUGAAGCCAACCUGGGUACACUGUUUAAAAUGUAAACGAUGUGCAUUGGCUGAGCACCCGUGUAUGCUAUUUCAAGAACGAUCUAAAGAGACUGCAACUGCGAAGAAAAGGAAAGCCAGCACCCUAGUUCCCGCGUCCGCAAAAUCGACGUUUGAUAACUGGAUUGUAACAGAUUGUAGAAAAUAGAAAUACAUAAACAGAACGUUA